AUGGAAUCUCAGGACGGAAUUUCCGUCCGGCCUAUGAGGCUGAAGGUACUCUACACGUUCGACGAUGCCAGCAAAACCAAUUGCUUGGCCCGCUGGCCCCAUCUCCUCGAUAUUCAAACCGCCGCACUCGACGAAAAGCUGCAGAUCGGUGUCAUUGAGCUGAAAACAUGCAUCCAAGCCAUUGUUUCGGCAAGUCCGGAACUGGUGGCCAAGCUCGGACAUGACUACACUGUUUACGCUUACGACUACUCCGAAUAUGAGACUCCGCUGGUUGGACAGGGAAUGCUGUCCUGGGUGCUUGCGUCAGCGUCGCCUACCCCUAAUGCUCCCGCCCAUCAGUCGAAAACCAUGGUCACCGGUCGGGUGUGCAAGAAUGUUCUGGGUCUGUUCUCGAAGGGUGCUCAGGAGACUUUGGAGGUCAAAUUGCGCUUGGUGCCGGUCCCGACCCUCCUGCAGAGCGAGUAUCUCGAGAGUAUGCAGAGGUAUCGUGAGUUGAGCAACAUCAUUCCUCACGAGUUCGAUGCGCAGGCUUGGACAAGCUUUCUGCGCCAAAACCCCGGCUUGGUGUCUCCCCGCGACCAACAGCCGGACCCGAUCGCGUCACCGGUGGAUCAUGCAGGAAUUGAGAGGUUCCACCAACUGCUCAGUGAAGGAUCGACGCCAAGGGAGCUGCCCUCCGUGACCGCGAAUGCAUCUAUGCGCUCAGUCUCCCCUGCCCAGUCGGCGCUCGGCCCCGUCAGCAGAAUCCCGACCCCGGCGCAGCAACACGAACAACAUACCCAGCAGCUUCAGCACCACCACCCCGAUCGAUCAUACAACGAUUCCAUUCGACCCUCAUCCAGUGCUUCGAUGCGUGACUCGGAGCUGCCGGUCCACUCGAGGUACGCCGCCAGUCGUCGAGGAUCCAUCCAGUCAGGCUACGGCAGCUGCGACGAGUCUUCGGAACAACAACCCCGCAAGCGUGCCAAGUUGUACCGUGCAGAGUGGCCGGGGAAGUCCGACUUGAAUAUCGAAAGACAGCCCAGCUCUCUACGGGUCGCCGCAAGCACCGCUGCCUCUGUUCGCAUCCAUCGCCCCACUCCGGUCAACCCGGCCAUUGCUGCUGCUCAGAACUCGAAUGAAGAGCCUGUGCGCCCACCGACCCCUAUCUCUCACGCCCCCGAUCUUUCCCGUCGCGCACGACCUCCCCCUAGUCUGCUCCGCGAGUCUUCCCUUCACACUCCCUACACCUCCCCGUAUCCUAUGAGCGAUGACCACCCCACUGGCGAUAACCACUCUCCGGAGUCUCGCUACCAUGGUCUUUUCGAGCCAUCUUUCAGCAUGCCGUCGUCGCCCCCCGUUCUUGAGUCUGGGUUCCUCGGUCGCUCCAGCCCCGUUCUUCCACCCAUGGCCGACUCGGGCUUUAUGAGCGGUGGCAUGGAUGAACUGCUGGAUGACGAAAUUGGUACUCCUUUGGACGAUUCCGUCUCAACCGGCGCAGCAAGGGGUAAGCGGAUUGUCCGUACUGCUGUGCACGCCAGUUCGCCCAUCACUGCGCCCACGAACAUGGAGAACUUCCCAGCCGGCGCUGCUGUGGACCACUCUACCAAAGAAAGGGCUUCGGCUCCUGUUCGCGGUCCCGCCAGCAAUGCCGGCUCGCGGCCCUCUUCCCGAGCUAGCAUGAGACAGGCUCCAAAGCCGCUUGCACCUGCACCGAUGUCGCAGAGCGAAUUGGAGCAGCUCAUCAGUGCCAUUCCCGCAAGCGAUCCGAUUCUGCCUUCUCAUUUGCACACGCAGAAUGCACAGCCUUGGGCCGGACCAAUGAGUGAUUUCACCGCUGCUGAGACUCCAGCCCCGCAGCCUGUGCUCGAGGAUGGCAAGAUCCGCAGUGGCACGGGUGCCCGCCGGUUGCGACAGGUUCAGGCACGUCUUGAUCGGUGCAUCAAGAGCGGUCAAGUGCCGCCUUACUGCGAGAACUGUGGGGCCAUUGAAACCCCCACCUGGCGCAGGGCGUGGUCUAAAGAGUUUGAGGGCAGUGAAGAUGACGCCAACGAACUCACGAAAGACCCUACCAUGUUGUUCUGGCAGGCUGUUGAGCGUGACGAUCAGGAGAAAGUCAUCAAGUUCAAGGUCUACAAGAAGAGCCUAGCCGACACCGACAACGACUUCGUUCAGGUUCUUCUUUGCAACCCCUGUGGCCUCUGGCUCCACAAGUUCAAGUGCAUGCGCCCCGAAAACAAGUGGAACAAGACCGCCAGCAACAAGAGAAAGCGCCCGCCCAGGAACCGUAAGGGGGGCGGCCCGCUCUCGACCAACAACAACAACAACCCUGCCACGAGGCACCGCGCCAGGGCCGAAUCUUCCAAGGCGGAUGAAUCCUCUCCUGGAGCGUCCGACGCCUCUUCCCCAGCGGUGGACGAUGCCACUCCUCGGGGUGAUGAUGACAACAACGAGGCUGAGAACCACAACGAGCAAGAGAACGACGAGUUGCAGGGGCAGCCUGCUAAGCGGCGCCGUGCCAACAGCCUGGAGCCGCGCAAGUCAACCGACACCGCGGCGAGUCGCUGGAAGGAGCAAGACCCCGUGGCUGCUCUCCGCAAUGCCAUCCAGUCUAGUCCUGCGAGAAUUUUGGGGACGCGCAAUGCUCCGGCGCCGGGCGAGAAUGCUCUUACUCCGAAGUCAGUGCGAAGAGUGCUUUUUCCUAACUCCAAUGAGAGCGGACCAUUGAGAGUACUCGGUGACUCAAGCGUCAACAGUCCACGACGCAGCCCUCGCAAUACUCGCAUGGCCGAGAAGCAGGCUGAUGACAAGGAAAACCAGACUGCUACCGAUCUGAACGCGCUCUUUGAGAGCCCCAGUUUCGGGUUCGAUAUGCCUGUUAGCCCCACCCCACGGCGACGCAAUCAGCGGUCGAACCUGUUGAGCGAGAAGCGACACUCCCUGCCGUGCAUCUCGCCCUCCGCCAAGGCCCGGAGAGGUUUUGGCGCGGACACGUCCCCUACGAAGAUCACUGCGCAGAGACUGCAGCGUAUCCAGAGCAGCCCUGGGCCUAUUCCGCGUCAGCACAAGAUGCCCAAACAGGUGCGAUCGAACUUGGGUGAUCUGGAGCUGCCUGUUGACGGUUUCGGGUUCGAGGGGAUGGACAACAUGAUUGUGGAUAUCUUCUCCGAUGCGCCCUCGGCAGCAGCCACAGACGCACUUUUUGGAGUCGACAAGUGUGCGACGGGUAAUAACUGGCCUGACUGGAUUCCGUCCGAUUAUGUGUCUCCCACGGGUUCGGAUGAGCCUGCCACUGGAGACUCGGGUGCGAGCGGAGACGAUCCGCGGGAUCUGCUGAACGCGCUCAUUUCGGACCCGGAGCUCCAGAAGAACAACCAGUUUGAUAUCUUCAACUAUGUGGAGACGAACGUGCUCGAUUCGGGGUUUUUCGGCUCUGACGCCGUCAAUCCUGAGACAGUGCCGGCACUGGGUGUCAAAGACAAGGCGGAGUCGAGCCGGUCCGAGGCACAGCCGAGUGUUUGA